AUGGUGCGCGCAUGGCGCGCGUUGCGCGGGAAAGCUGCGCCUCAUAUAGAGAUAGCUGCGGGUAGCGCACAGAGUGACACUACAAGUUCAUGCUAUGUACUUCCUAGUGUAAAGCUGUCAUAUCAAACCAUGAGACACACGAGUCUCUACACCGAGCUCACUGAGAUCCUUCAGGAAAGUGCAAAGACGCAUGAUAUUAAAGUGGAAUAUCACCCACACAGUAAGAUACCCUCAACCAUCCAUCGUUUUGUAGACUUUUCCCAUCACCGUUCUAUGGAAGAUUCUGUGCCUCGUAGCACUUCUCUGUGGGAACCUUUCCGAAUGCGACUGGACUUUGAGGUUGCAGAGAUAGCGCUUGAGGCAGUAAUGACAAAGGACCAAACCAACCGGCUCUUUAACCUCCUGCACCGCUCUGCAUGUGGUAAAGAGGCUUUCACAUUGCAAAGUCAUGAUGAAGUCCAUUCGUUUUGGGAGAUGGCUUCCAAACGGUUCACACCAUUUCAGAGCAGUGUAGUAUCUGUGAAAUACCGAAACAGUCGCUUCGCGAAGCAUUUUGUAUUUGAUGCCCAACGUUUGUACAAGUACAAUGGAGCCCGCUUCACAUGCUUCUUCAAUGAGCCCUGGACUGCCAACACAUUUUGGGAUGCUCAAGUAUAUGCUAAGCCACUCGCAUUCAUUCUUUAUGCCGAUAAAAAUAAGUUGUCAUCUUUUGGAACUCAAAAGGGCUAUCUGAUUAUAGCACGAAUUGCGAAUUUGCCCAUUGAAAUCUGGAAUGGUGUUGGUGUGGCUGGCAGUCGAGUCGUGGGUUGGCUGCCAAUUGUCAACAAAAAUCAAAAGGAUAGUGGAAAAGCAAGUUUUGUGAAUUUCAAGAAUGCGGUUUGGCAUGAGUCGUUUUUGCAGCUUAUAGAGUCGGCCAUACAGCAUUCGAAGACUGGUUAUUGGUUCGACUGUGGGGACCUGAUACGACGCCUUCUUUGGCCAAUAAUAUUGAUCCUCAGUGCUGACUAUGAGGAACAAUGUAUCAUGUCCUUAAUUUGUGGAUUGAAAGGCAAAUUCCCUUGUCCAGUUUGUCUGGUCCCCCAAGAUAUGCAGUCUAUCUACACAGAGGAACUAACACUACGCACAACCCUACAGAACAUUUUUUGGAAAGUUCAUCAUUGUGAUAUCCAUCGCGCGCUCUCAUGGGAUUGCAUGCAUGCCAACAAUGGCGGGUUAUGGAGCAACCAUUUGUGGGUGGAGCUUCAGUUUUGGAUCACGGAUCUAGGUCGAGAAGCGGCUGUUCAGAUUGAUUCAAACUUUGACGCUUUCCUGAGAUGGCCUGACUUGCAGCACUUCUCAUGUGUGAUGAAAAUAGACUUUACUGAUAGCGCAACUCAUGAAGAUAUAUCAAAGGUAUCAUUGGAGGUUCACACAGAGGAUACCAUCGCAGCCGGAAGGGAAACUUUGUGUGAAUUCUCGACACUGCUGGACGAAUACAUUACAAAAUCAGAGCCAGAAACUGGGAAGAAUUGGAACUUUCCAAAAAAGCACUCAAAUGUGCAUGUGUUCAAUGACAUCCUAGCAAAAGGCGCCACUCGAAACUACAACACGAAGCCAAAUGAAAGGAUGCAUGGCCCGUUAUGUGCGAUAUACCUCCGAUGGACAAAUUUCAAAAAUGUUGCUACCCAGAUCAUUCACUAUGACCAUUGGCUGCUGACAUUGACAUCUAUGCGUUCUGAGAUCGAUGACCUGGAUGAGUAUACACGCCAGCAAGUUGUUGACCCUGAAGCAGGUGAAGAGAUCAAAGAAGUUGCAACACAUACAUAUUUGGGUGCGAGGCAAGGCAGUCAGUCUUUCUCUCAGAUCGAGCAGGAGCAUGCAGCAGAUACAGCCUUUUCCGGAUUUCAAAUCAGGCUGAACAGGUUCUUGAACGAGUUCCUGCCUCGAUUUGAAAUUCCCUUCCCAGAUGGGAGGCAUGUGCAUUUUCGACCUGAUGACCAGGUCACAGUAUUUCAAUACUUAUGGGUGAAUUAUGAAUCUAUGGUUGACUGGCAUCUAAAACGAGAUCUCCUUCGAUGCAACCCAUCUUUCUUUGGAUCACCAAGGUAUGAUUGUGUCAUGGUGAAGGCCCAAGACCAGCCUUUUUUUGUGUGUCUCAUUUUCUUGUUUCGCUGCUCAAUCGGCAAGAUCGUCCUUUCUUUCGCCCUUAUUCAUCCCUAUGAUGUUGCCAUUGGUCAUCACCAUAGGCAGGACAUAGAUUUGGGGCUGUAUCGUGUGCGAGCCAAACCUCACGCAUCUCCGGAACUCAUUUCCGUCGAGUCCAUUAUUCGAGGUGCUGUGCUUGCCAGUGACCCUGCUACAGCUGGGGAUUAUUUCAUUGUAGACACCAUCAAUACCGACAUCUUCCUCCGAAUGAAGUCACUACAAGCCCAUUGUGUUAACUAA